AUGUCCCACAUCCACUCCCCAAGCCCUGUCACUCUCCCUCAUCUACAGAUGCCUACACAAUCCGUUUCUGCUGCUGCUGCGCCACGUCAGAAAUCUAAGGCUUAUGCUACUGGUAUAGCAGCUGGUGUUGAAGAUGAAAAGUAUCAAACAAAAUACAAGGAACUAAAGCGAAAAGUCAAAGAAAUCGAAACGGACAAUGAUAAGCUUCAGUACAAGGUCCUCAUGGCUAAAAAAUCUAUCCAACGCAUGAAACUGGAACGAGCUGUUUUGUAUGAACGCCUCUCUGCUGUGCCACCUUCUCCAGACCUUCACAGCCAUGCACUUCCUCCUACACACUCCGGUCCCGGUGUGCCUCCCCCACAUCCGCGCGAUAUAGGUGCAACAGCGCACCACCAACAUCGCGACCAUCGUGACUUUCCACCUGUAGAUUUAAACGAUCACAAUGCUAUCGAAUACGUGCACAAUCAUAGCUCUUUCCGUGUUAUUCCUGGCCCAGAUGGUCGCCCUAUUCAGGCCCCCGACGGGCCUAUAGGUCCUGGAGUUGCGCCUUCCCACGGAAUUUCUGCAGUGCACAUGUCGAGGGGCGGUUCCGCGUCAGGUCAUGACUCCUCCCGGCAGCUUCCACCCCUCUCGCAGUUGACUCCUAUACAGCAUCUGGAGCCACCGAGGGCGCAUGGACACUCACAAGCUCAUAGUCCUCAUCUUCACCCUCACAGUAAUGGUUCUUCGCGUUCACAAUCCUCACCUUCCAGAUCGCGCGGCCAUCAGAUAACAUCUCAGGCACCUCCCCCAGGAUACCACUCAGGGGGCAUUCCACACCCUCAACAGUACUCCCAGGAUUCUCUGGUUCCUGUCCAACAUGGGCAUCACAGUCCGCCACACCCGAGUGACAGGGAGCGAUCUUCUAGAAGGCAUGAGACGCUUGAGCGUGGCAGCUACCAUGGUGAUCUAUACACUCAUUCACGACAGCAUUCCUCACAUUCUUCCUCGAUGGCAUCCCCUAAUACUCGAGCUUCACGUCUCCACAAUCAUCAGCGCGUCGGGCCUGGAGCGGCCAUUGGCCACCCAGACCUAGAAUAUGAGCGCGAUCUCGAGAGAGAACGUGCAUGGGCACGUCAUGAGGGCGAAUCCGCUCGAGAAUCCGUGCCUUCGGGAGUGAUGCAUGCGUCUCCUCCCUCUCACCUAAGGCUUAGACCUCAUGUAGAUAGGGGAGACUACUCAUACUCUCGCGAACCCAUUGGCCCCGGUAUGCACAAUCAAUCAUCUCGCUCUGACACAUCGGGAUCUGGUUCCGGAUCUGGCUCCGGAAAUGGUGGCGGGGACGUACUAUCGCGGCCUGAAGGUCACACUCAAUAUUAUGACCGAGACAGGGGACCCUAUGCACCCCGUCAGGCAAAUCCGCCACGCAAUCCAAGUGAAGACCAAGACGUCAUCUAUGAAGAAGGCCGUACAUACAGCCGUGACCGAACUGGCGGGCAUUACAUGCUUCCAGAGCAGCAUCGCCCCUCUACGGAAUCAUCCAGAAAACGUUCUCGUAAAGACAUGGAGAUAGAUGGAAUCGAUGACGUUGAUGAUUUACCCGCUGCGGGUGGCUCAGGGGGCGGAGGAGAAGCACCGUUGAGGUUCGCAGGCGGCCACCCUGCCGAUGACCGUGGCCCCAAGAGACUUCACCAGGAACCUGCGCGUUCCCACGAGCGCGAGGAGGAAGAAGAAGAAGAAGAUGAGGCUUCAGAUACUUAG